AAACCCAACAACCCCCACGCAGAGCUCUUGGCUAUGUGGGCGUCUCUGAGUAAUUGCUCACAGAUUUCUUCGCUGCCAUUGGUUGACAACAAUGGGGUCCGUGUGAACCCCAUCCCCGACCCAAGGCGAGCCAGAAGGGAUACAGAAACGAGGCGAAGCGCAACCUCGCAGUAGCGUCGCAGCCUGCAUGGGCUAGCCGCUCGGCUUCAAGAUGAUGAAGUUUCGGUUUCGUCGGCAGGGCACCGACCCGCAGAGGGAGAAGAUAAAACAGGAGCUCUUCUCCUUCAACAAGACGGUGGAGCAUGGAUUCCCGCAUCAGCCCAGCGCUUUGGCUUUUGACCCGGAGCUGCAACUUAUGGCUAUUGGCACCAGGGCGGGAGCUAUCAAAGUUUACGGCGCGCCCGGUGUGGAGUUCACGGGACUGCACAAGGACACCACUGCUGUCACGCAAAUCCACUUCCUGCCAGGACAGGGCCGCCUGUUGUCACUUCUGGAUGACAAUACCAUUCACCUGUGGGAGCUGAGUGCCACAGCUCCCAGGCAGGUGGGAGGGGUUAAGAGAGAGGGUGUGGUCAUUCUACAGGAAGUGGGCAGCUACAGUCUCCCAGGAAGACCAGGCAUUGAGAGCUGCAGCACCACACGAGUGACUGUCCUCCUCCUGCUGAGAUCAUGUAACCUGCUCUGCAUUGGAACUGAGGGUGGGGGUGUGUACUUCCUGGAUUUGCCCAGUCUGUCGCUGAAAGACAGCCAAACGUUGCUCCAGGAUCAGGUCACACAGAGCCUGCCAGAAGACUACCGAUGUGGAAAAUCAUUAGGACCUGUGGAAUCUCUUCAGGAGCAUCCUCGGCAAGCGGGGAAGAUUCUGAUUGGCUACAGCCGUGGCCUGGUGGUCCUGUGGGAUGUGAGCAAUCGUCAAAUAGAGCAGCUCUUUCUUGGCAAGCAGCAGCUGGAGAGUCUGGUGUGGGAGCGUUCGGCGAACGUAUUUGUCAGUUCCCAUAGCGAUGGCGGCUAUUCCGUGUGGGCUGUUGCCAACGGCAACGCCAACAAUCACCAGCCGGUGUCCUCUACCAUCCCAUAUGGUCCUUUUCCCUGUAAAGCUAUUAACAAAAUCCUAUGGCGGACAACAGAGACGGGUUCACCCGUGUUGCUGUACAGUGGAGGGAUGCCCAGAGCCAGCUAUGGUGAUCGCCACUGUCUGACCAUUCAACAGGACAAAGACCACGUCACCUUGGACUUCACUUCCCGGGUCAUUGACUUCUUUACCGUGCACAAUGUUGAGCAAGAGAAAGAGUUUGAUGACCCGUCUGCACUGGUCGUCUUACUAGAAGAGGAGCUGGUUGUAAUCGACCUGCAGACCCCCGGAUGGCCCUCUUUGCCCACGCCCUACCUGGCUCCUCUCCACUCUUCUGCCAUCACGUGCUCCUGUCACAUCUCUAGCGUCCCUCCAAAACUGUGGGAGAGGCUGGUCAAUGCUGGCAAAGCGCAGCAGGGCCGUGAUCACACAGCCAAGAGGUGGCCCAUAUGUGGAGGGAAAAACCUGGCUCCUCCACCCAAACACCAAGAGCUGCUAUUGACAGGACAUGAAGAUGGCACCGUGCGUUUCUGGGACGCCUCCGAGGUGGCCCUCACGCCGCUGUACAAACUUAGCACGGCCAACGUUUUCCACACUGACUGCGACCCCAGCGACGAGCCUCAGGACCCGAGCGACGACCCCGACUUGCAGCAGGAAGAGGAAUGGCCUCCCUUCAGGAAGGUGGGCUGUUUUGACCCGUACAGUGAUGACCCCCGGCUGGGCAUCCAGAAGAUCAGCAUGUGCAAGUACAGCAACAAGUUGGUAGUGGCAGGGACGGCGGGGCAGGUGAUCGUGCUGGGUCUGAAGGACGAGUCCUCGGACCACACGGUGGACGUGUCCGUGGUCGAUCUGCUGCAGGACAGGGAGGGCUUCACGUGGAAGGGCCACGACCGACUGGAGCCGCGCCUCAAACCCGCCCCCUUUCCGCCGGGCUUCCAGCCUCAGCUGCUGGUGCAAUGCCUGCCGCCUGCGUCCGUCACAGCCGUGGCGCUGCACGCUGAAUGGAACCUCAUCGCCUUUGGGACCAGUCAUGGCUUUGGCCUCUUUGACUACCACAGGAGAAAUGCAGUCUUGGCUCGAUGUACCCUGCACCCCAAUGACUCCUUGGCUAUGGAGGGCCCCUUGUCCCGAGUCAAAUCCUUAAAAAAAUCCUUACGACAGAGCUUCAGACGUAUCCGCAAGAGCAGAGUGUCUGGGAAGAAGCGCCCCAUCACCACGCCCACCAGCAAGGUCCAGGAGGCCAACGCUGCCUUAGCGGAGCAGGAGGACGUGGCUCCCAUCCAGCGAAGGAUCGAGCCACGGUCAGCGGACGACUCGUUGUCGGGAGUUGUUCGCUGCCUCUGCUUUGCGGACACUUUCCUACGUGAUGGCACGCACCACGGACCCACGCUCUGGGCGGGCACUAACUCGGGCAGCGUGUACGCCUACGCGCUAGAGGUGCCUGGCGUGGGCUCUGGCCGCGUUGCUGAGCGGGGGGUCGCCGGUGAGAGUGCUGCAUGUGUGGAGGCCGUAUUGGGCAAAGAGAUCCAGCUGAUGCACAGAGCUCCCGUGGUGUCCAUCUGCGUGCUGGAUGGACGCGCCAAACCCUUACCGGACCCGUAUGAAGCCUCACAGGACCUCUCCAUCGCUCCGGAUAUGUCCAACGCUCAUUCGGUGCUCAUCGCCUCAGAGGAACAGCUCAAGGUGUUCUCUCUCCCGAAGGUGAGCGCCAAGACCAAGUUCAAGCUGACGGCUCAUGAGGGCUGUCGAGUGAGGAAGGUGGCCCUGGUGGUCUUCAGCUCCACGGCUCAGGAAGACUACAGCGAGCACACGCUGGUGUGUCUCACCAACAUGGGCGACAUGCACCUCUUCAGCAUACCUGGCCUCAGGCCUCAGGUACGCUACGACUGCAUUCGUAAGGAGGACAUCAGCGGCAUCGCGUCGUGUGUCUUCACCAGGAACGGACAAGGCUUCUACCUCAUAUCUCCCUCAGAGUAUGAGAGGUUCUCCUUGUCGGCGAAGGUCCUCACUGAACCGCUCUGCUCUGUUGCACUGCAGAGGCUGGUAGAGCCCACACUGGCCAGCGAUGGUACCACCGUGCUGCCACAGGCCAACGGAACCCACAAGAACCAGAUGGGACAAGCUGAGGGACGCACAGAUGAGCCGCCCAGCUCCCUGUCCUCCCCCAUCCUAGAGACGCCCUUGGACUCCCCUCUCAGCUGUGCUGACCUCACGCUGGACUCCACAGGAGAGCUCACCGUGGAAGACGUCAGGGACUUCCUCACCACUGUGGACGAGGAGGAGAACAACCUGAAGAACAUUCAGGAGGAGGAUGAACGCUCUGCUGGCAUCCUCAUCAACUGAACAGAUGGAUGGACUUGAUAUCCGUGCUGGACCACAAAUGUCAUCAAGCCCACUGUGAAGCCCCCCCACAUCCCACCCAUCCAGGCUGCAGUCUGGACUGAAGAGUGGGAGGACUAAACAAUCCAAACUGUCUUCACUGGUACCACAGCCAACUUGGAAGAGCUUGUGUAGAACCACUUUUCACUCUCGUCCUCUUAACAGAAUCUUUAACGGCGCCGUCUUUCCUUCCAGAGAAGUUUGACACUUUAGUGGAGGUGAUGGAUCGCCCUGCACGCUUAAAGCAAGCAUUGUUGUCUUUACUGUGGACGAUCAAUGGUUUAUGAAGGUUAUUUUUUUAAUUAUUAUUGUAAAGGUGGACACUCGGGACAUGUUUUGGAUGGCUUUUGGGCAAAGUGAAGGUUGUAGGAUGCAGGUGAGGCCACAAGGGGGUGCUGUGGUUGUUGGGACGCCACAUACAAACUGCAGUGUCUGUGCUGUACUUUGUUUUAUUGAGUUCCUCCCCAAUUUCACCUGCUGAGGACUUUCUGUGGCCACCAGGGAAGUGUGACAAAGUAAGUUGGCUUGAACGCUGUGUGUGUGUGUGUGUGUGUGUGUGUGUGUGUGUGUGUGUGUGUGUGCGCGCGCGCGCUUGUGAAAUGCACCCAUGAGACGUCUUUGCAUUCCAGCUGGUGCACUGCAGAGCUUGAUUGAGCAAUCUUUCUUUUGUUUUUACUGUGUAAAAAUGUGCGUAUACAUGCGGUGUCUUUAAGUAGGUUAACAUGACAGGAGUCACAUGUUCACUUUAGAACCUUACAAAACAAAAAAGCUUCCAGAGCAUCUUUUUAAUCACAUAACGGAAGGAGGAAAAGCUUAAAGGGACCUCACGACUAACUUAUCUAGCUCAACGGGUAGGAUUCAUGCAAAUUCAGUUUUAUUUGUAUUGGCUUUUGUUGACGUGCGUCAUUAACCCUUCAUUGUUACAGCUGCCACAUGUUUUAAUUCCACACUUAAGGUGAAUAAUUUAGUUCCUCUUUUUUUUGUCACCGAAUUGUGUGAGUAGUAUUUUAAGAGUCAUUUAGCAAUUGCAGCUGGUGGAUUGUGAAUGUUAAUAAAAUGAUGUACUCUACGUUGCAUAGUUUUAUGGUAUUGUUGCUGGAAUGUUAAAACAUUUGGUUCUCGCUGCUACUUUUCAUACACGUUGAACUGAAACAAUUCCUUCUACUCCAUCCAUCCAUCCAUCCUCCUGCUUACCUGAGGUCGGGGUGUGGGGGCAGCAGGGAAGCCCAGACUUCCUUCUCCCCAGCUACUUCGUCCAUCCCCUCCCAGCGAAUCCCGAGGCGUUCCCAGGCCACUUGAGAGACACGGUGUCUCCAACGUGUCCUGGGUCUUCCCUGAGGCCUUCCACUGGUUGAACGUGCCCUGAACACCUCCCCAGGGAAGCAUCCUGACCAGAUGCCCGAGCCACCUCAUCUGGCACCUCUCAUUGGAGGAGCAGCGGUUCUACUCUGAGCUUCUCCCGAAUGACCGCGCUUGUCACCUUAUCUCUAAGGGAGAGCCCAGACACCCUACGGAGAAAACUCAUUUCGGCCGCUUGGACCCACGAUCUUGUCCUUUCGGUCACUACCCAAAGCUCGUGACCAUAGGUGAGGGUAGGAACGUAGACCGACCAGCAAAUCGAGAGCUUUGCCUUUCGGCUCAGCUCCCUCUUCACCACAGUGGACCGAUGCAGAGUCCGCAUCACUGCAGACGCCUCACCGACCCGCCUGUCGAGCUCGCGUUCCAUCCUUCCCUCACUCGUGAACAAGACCUCGAGGUGCUUCGACUCCUCCACUUGGGGCAGGACCUCAUCCCUCACCCGGAGAUGGCACUCCACCCUUCUCAGAGCGGGAACCGUGGACUCGUGAACCGAUCCAGUACUUCUACUCCUGCACACAAAAACAGUAAAACAUCUUACGCUGAAUUAUUUCUCACCUUUUGUUUGAUAUAUUUGGUGAAUUACUAU